UUCAGUUCUGUAUAAAUACGGGGUCUUGAUGAGGAGAAGGCUAGAGCCCGGCGCUGCAAACUUGGACCAGUGCAACUCUUGGGAAGAAUUAAGCAAAGAUAAUGGCCCACACAAACCGUUUUAUUGCUGGCGUUGAUCUGAGAAGCCAGGAAAACAACCGGGCACACCGAACUGAGGAGAUUGAUAGGAAGCGUUUGAUUGUUCGGCGGGGACAAGCCUUCUCCCUGACGGUGCACCUCUUUCACCCGCUGCAGUCCGGCCAUGAGCUGGCCCUGGUCUUAAAGCAGGAUAAGACCAACGAUGAUAUUGUGAUCAGGCAGCGAACGGCUGGAGGGUCCGGUGACAAGUGGUGGUUACACCAGCAGAGCGCGAGGAACGAAUUACUGUUGACUGUGUACAGUCCCGCCCGUGCUGCCGUUGGCGAGUACCGCUUGGCUGUUGAACUGAUGUCAGGGAAUAGACUUCUGGAGAGGACAGAAUUUACCAAAAUGUACUUGCUGUUUAAUCCCUGGUGCAAAGAUGAUGCCGUGUACUUCCCUGAUGAGAGACUGCUCGAGGAAUACAUUAUGAACGAGAAUGGUCGCAUUUUCCGUGGGAGUGCGGAUUACAUGAGUGGGAUGCCAUGGAAUUUCGGACAGUUUGAAGACAAUGUGAUGGACAUCUGCUUUGAGAUCCUUGACCGCUUUAAGCCAGCGAGGUCAGACCCCCCAAACUACAUGCGUCAGCGAUGGGACCCUGUCUACAUCAGCAGGGCAGUCGUUGCCAUGGUGAAUGCCAACGAUGACGGUGGAGUCUUGGUGGGGAAAUGGCAGGAACCUUACACAGGUGGAGUACAGCCAACCAAAUGGAUGAGCAGUGUGCCCAUCCUGGAGAAGUGGAGCAAAUCAAAGUCUGGAGUGAAGUAUGGCCAAUGCUGGGUGUUUGCAGCCGUGGCCUGCACAGUGCUGCGAUGCCUGGGCAUCCCCACACGCUGCAUCACCAACUUUGAGUCAGCCCAUGACACAGACGGAAACCUCUCCAUCGACCGAGUGUACAACACACAUAGGCAGAGUGUUAACCAUGCUGACAGUAUCUGGAACUUUCAUUGUUGGAUCGAGUCUUACAUGCAGAGAGAAGAUCUACCUGAAGGAUAUGGUGGCUGGCAAGUCUUGGACCCCACACCUCAGGAGAGGAGUAGUGGUAUGUUUCGCUGUGGCCCAUGUCCUUUGAAGGCCAUUAAAGAAGGGGACCUCAAUGUGAAGUUUGAUGUUCCAUUUGUCUUUGCUGAGGUGAAUGCAGACAUCAUCAAUUGGGAAAUCAGACCAGACGGUCAGCGAAAGCGGCUUUCAUCCAACUCCGCAAAAGUGGGGAGGAACAUUAGCACCAAAAGUCCUUACAGUAACGAGAGGGAAGAUAUAACCCUUCAGUACAAGUACCAAGAAGGUUCAGCCAAGGAAGCGGGAGGGUGUACAACAAGGCAGGGCGGACGCAUCUCCGGGCCGGAUGGAGAAGAGGAAUCAAAUCCAGCCAAUGAACCAGGAAACGUGCAGCUGGAGAUCAGAUACGCCAAGCCUGUUUUCGGGACCGACUUUGACGUCAUCUUUGAGUUGGAGAACAUGGGAGACGAAGAAGUCAGCUGCAAAUUGAACAUGAUGUCAAAGGCUGUCACGUAUAACUCGGUCCACCUGGGAGAGUGCCAGAAUAGCACGGUCAAUGUUGUCAUUCCUGCUCACAAAGUCCACAGGGAGACGGUGCGUUUACUCUACACUAAGUAUGCCUCAGUCGUCAGCGAGCACAACAUCAUCCGGGUGAUAGGGGUGGCAAGAGUUUCCGGCCAGGAAAAAUCCAUCCUGGAGAUGGUCAACAUCCCACUGAGCAAGCCCAAACUCAGUAUUAAGGUUCCUGGCUGGGUGAUUUUAAAUAGGAAAAUCACCACCGUCAUCACCUUCACCAAUCCAUUGCCAGUGCCACUGAACCGAGGAGUGUUCACUGUUGAAGGAGCUGGCCUACUUCCCACCAAAGAGAUCCGCAUAUCUGGUAGCAUCGCUCCAGGCCAGCGUGUGUCUGUGGAGCUGUCCUUCACACCCAUGAGGGCGGGGGUCAGGGAGUUCCUGGUGGACUUUGACUCCGACAGGCUCCAGGACGUGAAGGGAGUCGCCACGCUGGUGGUCCGCAAGACUUCACCCUCGUAUUCUUCCAUGAUGCCCAACAUAUUCGGGUAGAGAGGAUUGUAAUGCCCUACAAGUUGUGAUCAAACCUAUAGCUGUCAACAGGGCUCUGGCACCCGCUCUUAUACUGACAAUUAUAUUUAGCAAAGUCAAGCAAGGGUUUCACUUUUCUUAAUAUACCAUGAUGUGUAGCGCUGAUUCAAUUAAUUAAUUAAUUAAUUUCAAUUAAUGUGAAGAAAAUGCAAACAUUGCCUUAAUUCUUUGCAAUGUCACAGGGCUAUCAUAAAGCAAGGCUCAUUGAUAUUAAAUGUAGUAUUGAUAGACAUAUAUCCAUGCAUUUUGCACUUCUGCAGAUCACCAUUUUGUUGUUAUUGAAUCAUUGUUUUGCCACGAUUUUUGUAUCUAUUCUUUUUUAAUUGUAAUAAAGACAUUUACAUAAUU